AAGCUUCGUUGAUGGCCGCCGUUAUGUGGAAGGCUCCGCUUCAGCAGUGCCUCAACGCCUCUCGAUGUUAAUUUCAGCCACACACCCGUCGUUACCGGACAGACGAUACCCGACAGGAAGCUCUCGCCACGGCUACCAACAUGGGACGAUCCAACCACUGAUCGAUGCUCAGGAGCCGCAUCCGUACCCGCCCUAACCACGCCCAACGUUAACCCUCCUGUUCCAUACACCCUGACCCUCCUCCUAGUCACCGCCCACAUCCUUAGCAUUGAACCGCCGCCUGCGCCCCGCCCCGCCCCUCCAGCUAAACCCCGCCUACUCUCAACCGCCCUUUCACCAUUCGAGAACCGCCUCCUCCUCUUGGACCCGGCAACACGUCUCACGCUAAAGCCCCGCCCACUUCACCCUGGCGCCGCCCCCUCCCGAUCUCGCCACUCUGCUCUUGUUUCACACCCAUUCAGCAAAACCGCCGACUGGACCACGCCCCGCCGACUGGACCACGCCCCGCCCACCUACCGACACCGCCGCUUAGACCCCGCCCACUCCCGUAUUGUCACGCCCUCCACAUCUCCGGCUUCUUCCCGGGCUCUGCAUCCCCCUCGUAGGUCCCGCCCAUCUCGCUCGCGCCUGUUUCCUGGCAACCGUCUUCCAUGCCGACUGUGGCCGGGGAGCAGGGAGACGAGGAGCAUUCCUCGUCGUCCUCCUCCUCCCCCCCUCCCAACCCCACCCCUUCCCCCAGGAUGAAUGGCUUCUCGCUCGGGGAGCUGUGUUGGCUCUUCUGCUGCCCCCCUUGCCCAAGCCGGAUCGCGGCCAAGUUGGCCUUCCUGCCGCCCGAGCCCACCUACACGGUGCUGACGGAAGAGUCGAGCAGCCUGUGCAGCCUACACCUGUCGGAGCGGGCCGACUGGCAGUUCUCGGAGCGGGAGCUGGAGCUGCUCGAGGUGUUCUUCGUGCGCAGCGGGCGCGGCAACCGCCUGGCCUGCAUGUUCGCCCGCUGCGUGCCCGAUAGCCGCUAUACGCUGCUCUUCUCCCAUGGCAACGCAGUGGACUUGGGCCAGAUGUGCAGCUUCUACAUCGGCCUCGGCAACCGCAUUAGGUGCAACAUCUUCUCCUAUGACUACUCGGGCUACGGGGCCAGCAACGGGAAACCGUCCGAGAGAAACCUUUACUCGGACAUUGAGGCGGCGUGGACAGCACUCAGGACAAGAUAUGCUGUUAGUCCAGAGAACAUCAUCCUGUAUGGUCAAAGCAUCGGUACUGUCCCAACGGUAGAUCUUGCAUCACGCUAUGAAUGUGCAGCUGUUAUUCUUCAUUCCCCUCUUAUGUCUGGCUUGCGAGUGGCAUUCCCUGAUACCAGGAAAACUUACUGUUUUGAUGCAUUUCCAAGCAUUGACAAGAUCACCAAAGUAUCUUCUCCUGUGCUGGUAAUUCAUGGCACCGCAGAUGAGGUGAUUGAUUUUUCCCAUGGCCUUGCAAUGUAUGAGCAAUGUCCAAGAGCAGUGGAACCUCUCUGGGUCGAGGGAGCAGGACACAAUGACAUUGAGCUUUAUGCACAGUAUGUGGAAAGACUGAAACAGUUCAUAGAUCACGAGAUAUCCAUCUCCUGAAAACUAUUGUAAGGAUGUUUUCUCAGUAAAUGUGAAUGGAAAAACUGUGACGUAAUUUGCACAUGGUUUUAACUGGAUAACUAAUUUUCAACAUUACAGAAGCUACCAACUUUCAGGCUGAGUUAUUUAAAACAAUGAACAAAAACUCUUUUUUUUAUACCAGGAAAAUUCAUGUGAUUCAUAUACCUUGCACAUGAAAUAAUGUUCAUCUACUGUAACUUUCAAGCAGUUUUGAAUGGUUAUCAAUCCUGUCAUUCUGUUUUGUUUGUUCCAUUUCUUGAUUCAUCAGAGGUAUAGAAUUUUGUUUUAAUAUUUGCCACAAUUAUCUGUUUUGAGUAAUGUAACUAGUUCAUAAAAUGGAUUUUUUGUUUGAUGCAGCAUGACAUGUCAUAUUGGUUGUGGCUUUGUAGAUGAAAUGGCCCUUCAUUUGAAGGACCAACCCAAUGUUAAGAAAGUGAUUAAAAUAUUUGUCACAUUCUUAGUAUUUCUAACAUUGCCUCAAAGUACUGUUCAGUAUUUGUAAAACUCAGUGAGUUUGGAAAUACAUUUUCCACUUAUUUGCUAAAGAACACAGUUCUUUUGUAAAUGUUCUUAAUAUUCCAAUACGCGUGGAGUUUUUUUUUCCAUGUUAAAAAUGUGAUACAAUACCUCAAGUACAUCCCUGAUGGUGCAGAAUGUGGCACGUAGCCAUAAACUAUUUUUCACCAGUGUGUACAUUUAUGAACUAUUUUGACUGUUUUAAAGUUUCAAUGUAUAUUGUUUUUCAGGGUAGGUAAUAUAAUACUUUUCAAUUGCAAUUCCUAAAAUAACUGUUAUAUCUUCAUAAAUUGCAGUGUUUGUAUAUGGUGUCUUGCAAGGUUAUAGAAAUAUUUUUUGUUUCAAAAAUGUUGAGAUUAGAUGUGAUAACUGCCUAAUUUGUAUGUUUUAAAUGGUGAAAUGUGUUUUAUUUGUGAGUAUAACUAUUUUUAUUCUUGAUUACUUAACAACUUCUUAAAAAAUCUGUUACCAUUUAAGUUUCAUAAUUUUACACAUCUGUAUUUUGUACAGUAACAGAUGUAAUUUAAUUUUAGUUGCAAUGACCAGUGAUUUGACGUUAUGAUUGUGACACUGGAAUUACAUUGAAAUGUACAUAAAUAAUGCAAAACAUGAGGAAUAACGUAACUGGACAAACAAAUCAAAGCCUUAAAUGUACUGUAAGCCUCUCUGUAUAUUUGGUUUCAGUAGUUCAUUGUUGUAAGUUGCAGGUAGGCGACAAUGCUUGGUAAUGGAAUAAAGGAUGCAUGGAAUCUAGGUUUGGAAUUUAAAUUAGAACUGUUUACGUACAGUAAAAAGCCAGAAGAAACAAUGUCACACAAUUUCAGAAUGUCAUGUGGUGUGAUCAGUCAAAAAAUGUGACUUGAAAAUCUGAUUAAACAUUGAAUAUACUGUCAAAA